AUGGUCAUUGAAAUUGGCCAGAAAGAGAUCGAGAUCCAGCCUGGAUAUGUCGGCAACUUGACGCCGGACCAGGAAGAGAAGCUGCAAGAGCUCUGGCUCAAGUUCUUUGAAGUUUGCGAAAACGCCUCGGAAGAUGACGACGGCAACGCGCAGUCCAAAGGCAAGGGUGGCGACCUCGGCGGCUGGGACGAAAAAAAGUCUGGGCCAGACGGCGCGGGUAUCCCCAAGGACGACAAGGCCAAGGACGAGCUCAAGGCUCGCGAGGAGCAGGCAGCUCUCGACGAGCUGCUGCAAUCCUACGGGCCCUCGGCGCUACGCAACACCUUCUGGAAGUUUGUCAAGAUGGACAAUCCCGACACGGAUGUCUUGCGUUUCCUGCGUGCCCGCAAGUGGGACGUCUCGCGUGCCUUUGCCAUGAUGGCUGGCUGCAUGAAAUGGCGUCUGGACAACAACGUCGAGGAGCUCGCCGAGAACGGCGACCUUGGCAACGCGAGUAUCGAGAAGUUCCUUGACCAGCAGCGCAGCGGCAAGACCUACGCCAUGGGUACCACGGACAACGAGCAGCCAAUCUGCUACAUCCACGUCAAAAAGCACCUGACGUGGGGACAGCCCGGCGCAUCCAUGUCCAAGUACGUCAUCUACGCCAUGGAGUCGUUCCGUCUGCUGAUGCAGCCGCCCAACGACAAGGUGGUGCUGCUGUUUGACCUGACCGGGUUCGGUCUGAGGAACAUGGACUGGAACUGCAUCUUGUUCAUCGUCAAGUGUCUCGAAGCGUACUAUCCCGAGUCGCUCGGCACGCUGUACAUCCACAAUGCGCCGUGGAUCUUCUCGGGGAUCUGGAAGCUGCUCGGACCCAUGCUCGACCCCGUCGUGCGCAGCAAGGUCAAGUUCAGCAAGAAGCCCGAGGACCUGGACAUCGUGCCCAAGGAGCGCCUGCUCUCCAACAUGGGAGGCGACAACAUCAACGAGUUCGAAUUCGUCGAGCCCGAAGAGGGCGAGAACGAACAGACCAAGGACGAGGAGGGCAAGAAACGCACCUGGGACAACUACAUGUCGAUCGCCAAGGAGUACGAGCAGGUGACGCGCAAGUGGUGCGAGACCAAGGGCAAGGACAAGGACGUGGUCAACCAGCGAGAACUGUUGGUCAAGAAGCUGCGUGUAGCGCAGUACGAGCACGAGCCGUACUUCCGCGGCAAGACGGUCUACCACCGUGACGGUACGAUCGAUGGCCAGGGUAUCGUGACGUGGAACUACAAGCAGAAGGACGGCGAGACCAUCCGCCACGUUGUCGGUCGCAGGGCCUGCGUUGCCACUCUCAAGAAAGAGAUCGCCGAGAUCGAGGGGGGCGCGGAUCCGGAAGAGGUCGAGAAGCGCAUCGGUGCCAACGCGGAUAAGGAAGGUGGUAAGGAAAAUGGCGCGGCUGCCGGUGGUGCUGCUGGUGCUGCUGCUGCUGGUGGAGCCUCUGCUGCCGCCGCUACUGCCGGUGAUGACGACGGCAACGAUGCUUUCCACGAGGCACCUGUUGCCUCAAACGCAGCAACAAAGGAGGCCAUCGAUGUCAACACGGACAAAGUCAUCUCGCAUGACGAAGAAGCCGCCAAGGAGGCUGGACCCGUUUCCAGCGGCAACGGUCACGCCAAUGGAAACGGAAACGGCGCGGCUAUCGGAACCUACUCUGAAAAGAAGGCUGCCACCGACUACAAGACCGAAGACGCCUCGGACCGCCGAAGCCUCAACAAGAGUGGCAGCGUCAAGUCGAUCAAGAACUCGGGCUUCGCCAAGCUCAAGUCGGUUCUCAACAAGGCCUGA